AUGGUCUCUGUUAAUAUCGACUUUAGUUUGAUUCUUCAUGAUGUGCAGAACAAUCCAGUCAUGAUUUAUAUGACGGGUCUGACAGAUGCUCCUCGAUGUGGAUUCAGUGCAUUAGCUGUCAAGGUCCUACGGCAAUAUGGUGUUCCUAUCAGGGCAAGAGAUAUUUUGGGAGAUCUGAAGCUUAAAGAAAAUGUAAAAGCUCAUACCGAUUGGCCAACAAAUCCCCAAAUAUUUAUCAAAGGAGAAUUCCUAGGAGGAUCUGACAUAAUCCUUAGCAUGCAUCAGAAGGGUGAACUCAAGGAUUUGCUGGCAGACAUCACUGGUGAUGAUCGCCAAGGCAGGGAGUGACAUCGUCCAUUCAAGUCCACUAUUUGCAGUUGAGAGAAAUGUCUGAAAACUUCUUAGUUUUUUGGCAUCCCUACAUAUUGGUGUUUUUUUUCGAACUAGUGGAUCUUAUUUGAUGUUACAUAUGGCUCAGAGCUGUUCGGGCAACAUAUUAUUCUCUCCUAACUUUCUACAUGAUAUUUGCUGGCAGACAUCACCGGUGAUGGCCGCCAAGGCAGGGAGUGACAUCGUCCAUUCAAGUCCACUAUUUGCAGUCGAGAGAAAUGUCUGAAA